AUGCAAUUGCAUCGCAGCACGGACCUACAAGCAGCAGAUGCAAUUGCAUCGCGUCUGCUGCUUGUCCUGUGUCUUCCCCUGCUCCUUGCCCCCUCAGCGCCGCCCACGCACUUCCUGUGCUGCGAGAACAUCAGAGAGGACUCCUGCCUGCGAUCCCUGAGACCUUCUACUGCUGUCACCGUGGCUUCCAAAAUCAGCUGCAACCUGCCCAGCGAGGACAUCGGCAGCUACAUCAGUCGCCCAGGAGAUAUUAUCGUAGGGGGAAUCAUUCCGGUUCAUUUUAAUAUCAUCUACAAUAAGGCCAAUUUCACCAGCCAACCCCGGGAGCUGCAAUGUCGGACGGUUGCUGAUGAGUAUUACAUGAGCCUACAGGCCCUGAUAUUUACUGUAGAGAGGAUUAAUGCAGACCCAGAGCUCCUGCCCAACAUUACACUGGGUUUCCAUAUUUAUGACACGUGCAGAACGUUACAGCGAGCGGCCCAGGGAACGCUAUUAAUGCUCUCGGGAGGAAAAGAUAUCACCCCAAAUUAUCAAUGUCACACAGUAGCACCCUACGCUGGCGUCAUUGGUGAUUCUACAUCCAGACGUUCCAUUCUUAUGGCCCAGAUCUUGGGGCUGUACCGAUACCCACAGGUCAGUUAUUUCGCAACCAGCCCUAUUCUAAGCGACCGGAACCAGUUCCCUUCCUUCUUGCGGACCAUUCCCAGUGAUGAGUUUCAAAUGAAAGGCCUGGCCCAGCUGGUUUCCUACUUCGGUUGGUCUUGGCUGGGCAUCUUGGCCACCGAUGAUGAGUACGGUCAGUUCGGACUUCAGAUAAUAAAGCAGGAGAUAGCGAAGGCUGGGGCUUGUGUGGCCUUUGCUGAGUACAUACUGACCAGUAAGCCUGACAGAAAUGCUCCUCAUCUCAUACAAGUGAUACAAAUGUCAACUGCAAGGGUGGUGGUUGUGAUCUCAACCAGUACAGACUUUGCCAUCGUCCUGGAAGAGAUGCUGAAGCAGAACGUGACGGGCUACACUUGGAUCGGCAGCGAAGGCUGGUCGACCUCCGAUUUGCUUUCUAACAAGAGAUUCCAAGGGAUACUGACCGGCACCGUCGGCUUCGCCAUACACCAAGGGCAGAUGCCCCAGUUCCCUCAGCAUCUCAGCAGCCUCAGCCCUUUGAACGAUCCUUACGAUACGUUCAUGAGGGAAUAUUGGGAGCAAACGUUCUCUUGUCGAUGGCCGGAUUCCGACACCUCAGCGGCCAAUGGGAGCUUGAAGGCGUGUACAGGGAAUGAAAAGCUGGCAAGUCUGAUUGCAGGAAUAGACUAUCGGAUAGCGCACACUUUAUAUGUGGCUGUUUAUGCCAUCGCCUGGGGCCUACAUAGUAUGAUCAAUUGUUCUCCUGGGUAUGGACCAUUCCACGCCGGCUCGUGUGCCAAUAUUUCAUCGUUCUACCCUUGGCAACUCCUCCAUUACGUUAGAAACGUGAAUUUUGUGACCAGCGACGGAGCCCGGGUUUUCUUUGACGAGAAGGGGAACCCUCCGGCCAUAUACGACAUCGUAAACUGGCGGCUGAGUGCCAAAGGCUCCCUGGAGAAGGUUACAGUUGGCAGUUACGACUCGAGCAGCCCCGAUGGGAAAACACUGAAACUCAAUGUUUCUAACAUUAUAUGGAUCACCCAGACACAGGUUCCUGUAUCGUACUGCAGCCCAGCUUGUCCCUCAGGAUUUAGGAAGCUGAUCGUACCAGGGAAACCCCCCUGUUGCUAUGAGUGUGCCCGGUGUCCCCAGGGGCAGAUUUCGAACCAAACAGAUGCUUUGGAAUGUCAUCCAUGUUCCUGGGACACGUGGCCCAAUCUACAGCAGGACAGAUGCCUACCAAGAACUGUUGAGUUCCUUACCUAUACGGAGCCUUUGGGUUACAGCCUAGCAGCCAUCACUAGCUUCUCUACUUUGACCCCCAUUACUAUACUGGGAGUUUUUAUUUAUUACAGGAAAACACCAAUAGUCCGAGCCAACAACUACUCCCUUAGCUGCCUUCUCCUGCUUUCCCUGUUCCUCUGUUUCCUUUGCUCUUUAGGGUUCAUUGGUUACCCACAGCCUGAAAAGUGCCUUCUGCGCCAGGUGGCAUUUGGGAUGGUUUUUGCCCUCUGCAUCUCCUGUGUUCUGGCCAAAACCAUCACUGUUGUCAUUGCCUUUAAUGCAACCAAACCCGGCAGCAGGUUAAGGAAGUGGACAGGGGUGAAGGUGCCCUACUGCGUUAUUGUGUUCUGUGCCUUAAUUCAAUUAUUUCUGUGUGUUAUGUGGUUGAUAUUGUCUCCUCCCUUCCAUGAGUAUGACACUGACACAAAACCUGGAGUACUUAUAGUGAACUGCAAUGAAGGCUCAACCACUGCUUUCUGGUGCAUGCUGGGAUACCUUGGACUCUUGGCCUCCAUCAGUUUCAUUGUUGCCUUCCUGGCCAGACGCCUCCCUGACAGUUUCAAUGAAGCCAAAUUGAUCACAUUCAGUAUGUUGGCUUUCCUCAGUGUGUGGGUGUCCUUUAUCCCAGCCUAUCUCAGUGCCCGGGGCAUGUAUACUGUGGCAAUGGAGGUCUUUGCCAUCCUGUCUUCCAGUUGGGCUGUGGUGGGCUGUAUCUUUGUGCCAAAAUGUUACAUUAUAUUGUUCAGACCCAACAUGAACUCCAGAGAACAUCUCCUUGGAAAAAAAUAGAACCCAAAACUAAUAUACAACAUCAUAUACAAAAGGGGGCAUUUAUUAACAUUCAGAUUUUCUUGGUUUUCUAGUUUUUCAAGCCACGAGUAAACUCAUUUCCAUGAAUGCCAGUCACUUGUGAAAAUAUCCGAAAUGAAAAGGCACAAACAAAAAUGACACAGAAAAAAUGCAAAAACCACAACUUUCUGGUUUUGUCGCCCGAAUGCCAACAUAAAAAAACCUAGAAUAUGCCUAAAACCAUGACGCAAAGAAAGAUCUUCCAAUUGGAAAAGGGACAUCUGCCAUUGGC